AUGAUCGUCCUUGCUUUCGUUUCGAUCGGUAUGUGUUUAGCCACUUUCUACAUCUAUGUCAAAAUGAAAUACCGAUUCGCGGACAAAAUUCCAACCAUCGAACCGAUGGUGCCGUUUCUCGGCCAUGGGCUUCAGUUUCUGUGGAACAAUUCGUACCAGACUUUCGCGAUGUUGAAUCGGAUCUAUUCCAAUCAUAAGAGCUUUCGAUUGUUCAAGUUGCAAAUGGGGCUGAUUCCCGUGCUGUGUCCGAUGCAUCCCGAUUUGAUCCAUAAGGUGAUAACCGAUUCGAGCUGCUUGGAGAAGCCGUACCCGUACAAGUUUAUGGGCGUGAAUUCAGGACUGCUGUCGGCAAAGUAUGACACCUGGAAGGUACAUCGGAAACUUCUGAACCCGGCAUUCAACACUCGCAUCGUCGGCAGUUUCAUUUCGAUUUUUAACGACUGCGUGGACGAAAUGAUAGAAAACAUUGAGGGGAAGGCCGCCCCAGGAAGAGCACUCAACAUUCUUGAUUUUACGACACCCUGUACAAUGACCAUGGUACUUAGGACGUCAGUUGGUAGUAAGCUGCUGAAACCCGACGAAAUCCAAAAAGUCACGGAAAACAUGGUUACAGUUGUCGGAAGUGUUGGCUUUCGCUUUUUCAACGGAAAUCUACACCCAGACAUUGUGUAUCGCUUCACACGAUUUUAUCAGCGCGAGAUACAAUCUCGGAAAAUUUGCUACGAUCUUAUAGAUAAGACCAUCACCGAAAAGCAACAAGAGCUGACCACUGCCAAGGACAAGCAGGAAUUGAAUGACAACUCGGGCAAUUCAGACCACUUUGUGAACGACGAAAAGAAUAAACCCCAGAUAUUCAUCGAAAAGCUUUUGAUGAUGUCUCUGCCCGAUGGUAAGCCUUUCUCGCACAAGGAGAUCUGCGAGCAUGUCUACACGUUAGCUGCUGCAGGCAGCGAAACUUCGGCCACCCAAGCAGCCCACGCUCUCCUAUAUUUGGCAAUGCACCCAGAAAUCCAAAUGAGAGCUGUUCAGGAAAUCAAAGAACUGCUUCCCACUGCGGAGUGCAAGAUCACUCCAGAAGUCGUCGGGAACAUGGUCUACAUGGAGCGGAUCAUCAAGGAGGCACAGCGUCUCGCUCCGGUGAUACCCACUCUCGCCCGGCAGGCCAUGACGGACCUCCAACUGGACGCGUUUGCAAUUCCGAAAGGAACGUACUUCAUCUUGAACCUUUUUGUCCUGCACCACAUGAAAGAGUACUGGGGUGAGGAUGCAGAAAUGUUCAAUCCUGAUCGUUUCCUUCCCGAAAAUAGUGAGAACCGACAUGCAUUUGCCUUUCUUCCGUUCAGCGAUGGUAAUCGAGGAUGUAUUGGAAAACGGUAUGCGAUGACGAGCAUGAAGAUAAUUGUGGCGGAAGUACUGCGAAACUUUAUCAUAACCACCGAUUUGAAGUAUGAAGAAAUCGAGUUUAAAUUCAAGUUAUCGCUCCACCUAGUUGGUCCACAUCGUACCUUCGUUGAACCACGGAAGUUGUACGGACCGUGAUGGAUUGUAGGACUUUUCUAAUUUCUUGUAUCUAGUUAUUGUGCCUAAAAUUUAUUUCAAUAUAUCUAAUGUAACACAAAGUAAAAUGGGUGGGUAACAUUAGUCUAUGGCUUAAAUCCACACGAUAGAUUCUUGUUUAAUCGAACACUUUUCUAUUGUAAAAUUCUCGACUCACUGACAUUCACCAAUGAGAUGACGCUUGAACUAUCAUAUGGGUCAUUUAAGAAAACAA